ACUUGGAUGAGGUUGCUAUACCCAAAUGGUGGUUCAAAGGCUGUGAUUGUGGAGGCUUGGACCCUCAAACUCCAGAACAGAGCUUUGCCACUUAAGGACUCUGCCCUUUUCCAAAAUGGGUAUCUUGAGGAGGAGAUCAUGGCUACUUUUCUCCAGGCAGUGAAGUCCCAGAACCACAUGUCAGUAUUUCAGGGCUUUGUGUUAUUCAAGGACAUGGCUGUGAACUUCACUGAGGAAGAAUGGAGAGAACUGGACUCUGCUCAGAGAGUCUUAUACAGGGAUGUAAUGCUAGAGAACUAUAGAAACCUGGUCUUUUUGGGAUUUCCAUUUUCGAAACCUGAUAUCGUCUCGCAAUUGGAACAAGUGGUAAACCCACAGAUGCAGGAAGGAGAAGUGCUAAGCAGCAGCUGUACAUAUAAGUGAGAACAAGGCAGAUAACAUUUUUCAAAAUAUGAGUAAGGGUUUCUUCUUCAAAUCUUCCAGGCCUAUAGAAAACGUUGAGGUCCCCUCCAGUCUCAUCUUCACUUGGACAUAUCAGAGUCCUGAUAGCCUACCUUCCUACUUCUUCCCAGACUUGAGGAAGGGAUGCUUCAUCCUUAAAGUUAUAAUCUUAAUGCUUGAUCCAGAGAUCAUUGUUGUGCCUUGCCCUUGGCAUUUUAUGAAGUUAUUCCCUUCUUCUGUCAGUAACUGGAGACUCUCCUUUACUCACUUUGUCUUCAUUGUACCUAGUUUUUUCCUACCUAAAAAGUAUGAAGAGAAUGAAGAAUUUGAAUGUAGUUUUAAGGAAUAUAAUUUUACAUUCAAUUUUAAAUAUUUAAAAUUGAUAGAAUUAGCUGAGUACAUGUGGGAGGUGAGGGAGUAACAGACAAAGAUAAUUCCCAGGUUUCUGGUUUGGAUGUGUAGGUGGAUGGAAGUUCUCUUCCCUGAGAUGGAGAACACAGGAAAAGUAGUAGAGUCGGGGAGUAGAAGAUGAGUUCCAUUUUCCUAAAUUGUUUGAGUGUCUACAGAAGUUUAAACCAGUGGUUCUCAACCAGGGACGAUUUUGUCCCAAGGGCACAUUUGGCAAUGUCUGAAGACUCAGCGAGUACUGUGGGCAUCUAGUGGGUAGAGGCUAAGGAUGCUGCUAAACAUCCUACAGUGCACAAGACUGCCCCUCCCUAAAGAUUUGCUUGCCAUCUUUGAGAAACUCUGGUCUAAAUGAAGAUAUCUGGAAGGUAGAAGAAUAUAAGGAGGAUAUGUCCAGUAAGUAUUGGUGAAGGAAAGAGAUUGCAACUGGUAGUACAGAUUUGGGAAUUAUCUGAGAAUAUGGUAAUUGAAGUCAUGUGAGUGGAUGAGAUCACCAAUAGAGCAUGAAAAAUUUCAAGAGAACCUAGAAGCCUAAAGAACAUACACAUUUAAAUAUCUGUCAUUAUAUGUAUAUCUUGAGUAAUUUUCAAAAGUAAACAUGUAGAGAAAA